CAGUUCGAAAAAAUUUUAAAAGAAAAGUGGAAUGAGGCGACAGAUUUUGGUUUAUUCAAAUAUUCAUUAAAAAAUCUAAAAUCUAAAGUGACAGUUGGAAGAAAACAGUUUGUCCUUCAGUUAAAUGAAAAGCGUUUCAGCGAAAGAAGAAUUCCAUAUACUUAUAAUAGCUGUAUUGUUCCUUUUGAUGAUAAAGAAUUUAAUUUUAACAAAGUUUUACCUGGGGAGAUUCUGUUCGAAUUUAAAUGUGCAUCUAAAGAUAUAACCGUUAGUAAAUGUGGAGAAACAGAUGUGGUAUUGAUAAAUAACUCGCCAUUAGAAAAAUUUCAUGUUCUUCUUAUACCCGCAAUUACUCAAUGCACAAAUCAAAAAAUCACAAAGGAACUUAUUGAAAUGUGCUUAAAUUUUAUUCUCUUGUGUCCUUCCAAGGGUUGGAGAAUCGGGUUUAACAGCUUAUGUGGUUUUGCUUCAGUAAACCAUCAACAUGCGCAUGCAUGGAAAUUGAAACUCCCUCUUUUUAUAGAAAGUGCACCCGUUUUACAUGUUAAAGAUGAUUUUUACAUUUUGAACGAUAGUAGCAAUCAUGCAAUCGCAUUCCAACUUGAUGGUGAUAAUGUGACUAAGCUUAUUAGGCAUGUAUGUGAUUGUGCUAUAUAUUUACAAAACAAUGAAAUACCACACAAUCUGUUCAUCACAAGAGGGUCACAUUUUAAUUUUCCACUCAGAUCUACAAUAAGGAUAUUCAUAUGGCUAAGGAAAAAAUUUGUUGCGUCGGCUCAAUCAAAAGGUUUUAACGUUGCAUGUGCGGAACUUGCUGGACACAUUCCGGUUUACGGUAAGAUGUAA